AUGCUGCGGGAUAUCGGCGAUGAGGUGAUUCCUGCAGACGUUUCACGCAUUUGGCUCGAUAUGGCUACAAGUCCUGUGACGCUCGUCGACGCAAUGCGACAAGAUCGAUCUACGAGAUUGCGAUGUAGCGCCAUCAAUCACUUAGGACGCUCACUUGCAGCAAAGGACUGGCAGAACGUCUGGGAUACUCUGGAUGCAGAGCAGGGAAUAGUCAAGUCGCUCUCUCGAUUCUCCCCUUACGAGGUCAGACAUUUUACCAGGGCAAUAGGUCGUAGCAUCAGAGCAUCCCAACCGAAUCACGCCGCCAAGAGGACUGUUGUGAGCAAAUUGUACCCCCAUCUCAGACAGGUGGCAGGCUUUCCAGCAAAGGCAUCACCAGACGACCAAAUCGCCGCAGAGGUUAGGGUUUUGUGCAUCGAAGCUAUGAGCCCAAAAGAGCAAAGUCGAGUUGUCAGACAAGUAUUUACUUCCCGCGGCUGCGUCUGUUGGGCUAAAGCGGUUGUACGCUCGGCGCUAAUCCUCGAAGCUCGGUCGUCCCAAGUCGAGUCCGGUCGUUUGCCAAACUCGGUCCGCACUGAAUGA